AUGGCGAACGUGGUGCUGGACUUUAAGGCUUCAGCCGGCGACUCGGAGCCUCAGACUCGGCCUGUUUUGAUCGUUGGACAACUGAAAGGUCUGCAGCAAGUGAACUGGAGUCAAAUCAAGGGGAAACUGCAGCCUGUCGUCAGCAAAGAGAUCUGGCAGGCAGCUCUUGCUGCACUGAACCCGAAUCCUACAGACACUUGUCCUCUGUACCUCAACCAUGCCACCGUCGCAGCACUCCCCAUCCAGGUCAGCAGACACAACAGCCCUUCGUCUGCCCACUUUGUCUCCAGACUGGUCCGUACCUGUCUGCCCGGAGGGACCAACCGCUGCAUCGUGGUGGUAUGUGAGCGUUCUCACGUGUUUGCAUCCUCAUGUGCCAUUGCCCGGGCCUUUCCCAUCUUCUCCCGCCGCUCCACGUCCUCACGCAGAGCAGAUAAGAAGACAGUCACCGUAGAGUUUGUGAUUGUCGGGCAAGAAAGCAGUCCUUUGGAUCUCACAGAAUUGAAGUGUCUUUCUAAUGCUGCAGAUGGAGUGAGGGUGGCAGCACGGAUUGUGGACACACCAUGUAAUGAGAUGAACACGGAUCACUUCUUAGAUGAAAUUAAAACUGUUGGGGGUGAACUAGGAAUUAUUCCGAUGAUAAUCCGUGGAGAAGAGCUGAAACUAAGAGGUUUUGGAGGUAUUUAUGGAGUUGGCAAGGCAGCAGCACAUCCACCAGCUCUGGCAGUCUUAAGUCAUACACCAGAUGGCGCUACACAAACCAUUGCAUGGGUGGGCAAGGGCAUUGUGUACGACACCGGAGGACUCAGCAUCAAGGGCAAGACCACCAUGCCAGGGAUGAAGAGAGACUGUGGUGGAGCUGCAGCCAUCUUGGGAGCUUUUAAAGCCACUGUUAAACAGGGCUUUAAGGACAACCUGCAUGCAGUGUUCUGCCUGGCAGAGAACGCAGUUGGACCCACCGCCACGCGGCCCGAUGACAUCCACACACUGUACUCCGGAAAGACAGUGGAAAUCAACAACACCGAUGCGGAGGGCAGGCUGGUGUUAUCUGAUGGGGUAGUGUACGCGAGCAAGGACCUCACAGCCGACAUCAUCCUAGAUAUGGCCACACUGACAGGGGCGCAGGGCAUCUCCACGGGCAAGCACCACGCAGCGGUGAUGACCAACAAUGAACAGUGGGAGAAUGCCUGUGUGCGUGCGGGCCGUACCAGCGGCGACCUCGCCCACCCUCUGGUGUACUGCCCGGAGCUGCACUUCAGCGAGUUCACCUCUGCUGUGGCCGACAUGAAGAACUCCGUGGCAGACCGAGAGAAUGCCCAGAGUUCCUGUGCUGGUCUCUUUAUUGGCUCCCAUCUGGGCUUUGACUGGCCUGGUGUGUGGGUCCAUGUAGACAUAGCCUCCCCGGUCCAUGCUGGGGAGCGUGCUACAGGAUUUGGGGUUGCUUUACUCAUGGCUCUGUUUGGGCAGGCUUCAGAUGACCCAAUGCUCAACCAAGUAUCCCCUCUGGGUUUGGCCGAUGCCAUGUCAGCAGACCAGAUGGAGCGGGACUGUAAAAGGAGGAGACUUGUCUGAAACUUUGGGGUGUUAUAGUCUUAAAAUAUCUGCCCAACUGCCACAAGACACCCUCAGUUGUAAUACUUAUUAAUUUGGGUCAUAUUGAGUAUGCAGGAUUUUGGUCUAGCUACUCUGUUUAGGAAUUAACGUAUAAAUAUUAUCCAACAUUUGAAAAGUAAUUGAUUUUGGUAAAUCAGAAAACUCAGUAUUGUGAUCAACCACCUGCUAGUACUUUUAAACUUGGCUCUUACCCUUAAUGCACUGAUCACCUUGCAGGAACGUCCACGCUUAAGUUCUAGUUUAUGAAUAUGCAUUGCUCAUCUUCAGAGAGCAAGUUGCAGAUUCUGGUUUGAUAAUUGGUCAAUAUUAAUUCAUAUUUCAGUGGUUAUAAUUAAGAUUUUACAUUUCAUGCUCUUAAAUUUGUGACAAUUGAAAUAUCAACACUGGAAAGUUAAUUUUUCUAAAACCCUCUUCAAAUAUUGUAAAUGUAUAGUUGAAGCAAUGUGAAGGUAAUUAUGACUGGUUUUCUGUUGGUAGUCUAUGUCUAGUUUUUGGACGUUGCGGAACAGUACUGCUUGAUUUUUGGGAUUAAAAGUGCACUUUGCGUUUACCUUUUCUAUGUUUGUGGGA